UGAUGUUUCUGUAGUAAGAAAUUCAUCGCUGCAUAUCGUAUUAAAUUUCUUUAAUUUUUACAAUGAAAAUAGCAAGAUAUAAGAAAGCGCAAAAGACUCUUAGUUUUUAUCGAAAUAAUUUCGGAUUUCGAGAACCAUAUCAAAUAUUAAUUGAUGCUACAUUUUGCCAAACUGCUUUGAUCUUUCAAAUCGGCAUUAAAGAUCAACUUCCCAAAUAUUUUCAAGCUGAAACAAGGCUGGUUACAACACAAUGCAUAAUUUUAGAAGCGGAAAGUCUUGGAUCAAAAGUGCAAGGAGCAACAAAUAUUGUCAAACAGUUUUUAGUUCACAAAUGUGGUCACGAGAAGGGUCCAAAAAGUGGUAUUGCUUGCAUCAAAUCGAUGAUAAAAAACAAUCGUUAUGUAAUUGCAACGCAGGAUCGUGAGCUGCAAGAAUAUUUACGGAAAAAACCGGGUCAACCCAUUAUGUAUUUGCACAAGAAAACACCAGUCUUGGAGCAACCAUCUGAACUGAGUCGAAAAACGGUGGAAUUUAAAUUGAACGAGUCAUUCAAUUUUGGAACUGCCGAUGAGAAAAAACUUGUUGCCUUAAAGAAGAGCGAAGGCUUACCAGUUGCCGAGGAUACUAAGACCGAUUUGAAGAAAAAGAAGAAGAAAAAGAAACAACCAAAUCCAUUGUCGUGCAAAAAGAAAAAGAAAAAACCAAAUGCAGGCGUUACCUUGAAAAAAUCGAGCAUCGACAACAUUCAAAAUAAAACAAUUGAAAAAACGAAACGAAAACGAGUCAAAAUUCCAUCUCAUAUUAAAGAAAUAUUUCAGUCAAAUAAAUACUAACACACGGUUAAGAUUUUCAAA